UCCUGCAUAAAUAAUUGGCGCAAUAAUUGGCUUCCAUCUACGUCGUAAUUAGCCAGUAUUCACGAAAUGGGAUUCCUUCCACCAACCAAGAUGACAACGCGAGUGGAGGCCAAAAGUCAAAUAACCGGAGCUCAAAUGCAUGAACAGAAGAGGAGGAACGCACAGGUGAAGGCGAUGCGAAAGGCGAUGGCGAUGGCAAAGCAAAGGCAAAGGCAAAGGCGUGUGCCAUCUAAAAUUUAUAAAAAUCAAAGUAAGCACUGGAAGCAAAAGGAAUCUCUUACUGUUUAAUGGUCGAGAUCGGAAUACCCUUUUGGAGGUUAUGGGUAUGUACUUAACUAAAGAUGUCAAAUCAUAU